GUCGUUCACUUAUGAAGUCCGAAACGAAUGGACUCAUAUUUUAAAGACUAUACAAUGGAUUUCAAGGAAUUUUUAUUGUUGCUCUCUGGCUGACUCCCCCCCCCCCCCCCCCCUCUUCCUUCCUGGACGUCAAAAGUGAACGGCCCCUUAUAAAACUUCACUCCCCUGAACCAAGUAAAAUUAAAUUUUUAAAUUAUAUUUAUUUUGAAGUCUAAGUUUUUAUAACAAAAAAAAACUUUCAAGAAUCUAUCUUGUCCAGUAAUGCUGAACAAAAUGUCAAUCAACUUUUGGAUUCUUGUAAUAUUAAUCAUCAGUCAUACAAAUGGGGAUCAUAACAUCCAUGAUGGCAUAAAGCAACUUACUGAACAAACUGAAUCCAGCGCCAAAAAAUUUACAGAAAUGAAGUCAAAACUUGAAAUCGAUAUUGAUGAAAUUAAAGAUUUGAACGAAAUUAAUGAAAAUAUUUUAAAAGACUUUCAAACUAAUUUACUGAUUAUUGACAUCAUAAACCAAUCCGAUUUAGAGAAACUCGUCGAGUUGCAAGAUCAACAGCUUAAAGCUAUUGAAGGAAGUCUACCAAAUAUCAUUAAUGAAAUAUUAAAAAUUGAUAGAAAGCUUGACACCUGGAAUGGAAAUUCAAACGAAAUAUUUAAUGAGUUUGAGAAGAUUCAAGAAUUUAUUCCAAUUGGUUUGCUGUCAAUUUUUAUAUUUUUCAUAGUUUUAAAAAUUAUAGUUGCCAAACUGAUCAACGACAAUAAUGACCCACAUGACAAAGGAAAGCAACUAAAAUCUAAGGCUAGAAAAGCAAAUGACAAUCAAUCAAUUGUUACUCACGACUAUGAAAGGCCAAUUCAGCAUCCAGAACAGAAGUAUGUAAAUGUAAAUGAUGAUAAGAAGCACGAUUUCGGGAAGAAACAAAGCACUCUUAAGAAUGACAGUGAAACUAGCUUUGAUGAAAAACCUGUGUUUUUUGGAUUUACAAACAAAUUGCUCGACAAUGAUUAUUAAAUGGUGAAAUUCAUACUAAAAAGUCGAGCGACUAUAUUGAUUUUAUUAAAUUAUUGUAAACAUAAUCGUUGAAGAAUUUAGAAAUAAAAAUUGAAAUCAAACAAAUAAGUGGUCGUUCAAUUAUGACGUCCGAAAUUAACGGUCGUUUUU